GUAGCUUAAAAACUUGCAUAGACAACUCAUUAAGCUAAUUAAUACUACUUAAUUAGCGAAUAAUUAAGCAUAAUGCAUAUAUACUUGUCAGAAUCUAAAUAAUAUAUCCAAUUCCAACUGAUGAUGCAAAAACUACAACCACUAAUAGUUGUUUUUUGCAGAGGAGAAUGUAUAAAACCAAUCCACAUCAAUUGUUUUUGUAUAAAACCAAAUAAUACUUGUCAUGUUAAUUCAGGAUUUUAUAUAUGCAUCUAAUAACAAUCUAGAGAAAUAUGCCAAGUUGUUCUUGAAUAUGUUUUUCUCAUCUAUUACAUGAGUUUUUCUGCAUUAAUCGAAGACAACGUAAAAGUGAAGAUCAAAAUCCUAUAAAGAAUAAUCCUAAUAAUAUCUGUAAUCAAUACAUGUACAGAUUUAGAAGGCUGUACAUGUAUCACUGCUAAUCAUGAACUCAUUAGACAUGAAAUCUUAAAACGUGAUACCAUUUGGCAGUAAGUUCAAUUCUUUAUGUUGAUUCUAGCCACGUUGUUAAACAGUUAAUACAAAUUAUUCACAGAUUUCAAAGUCUUCAUAUAAUAAGAUUAGAUUGAACUACAAAACCAUCUAUAUAAAAUCAGUCACUUCCAAAGACACUGGCGCAAUAACGUGCAAUUCCGAAAGAAAGAGAGAGGGAGAGACAGAACCGAGCAAGUUAGUGAGAAAUGGGAAGAAUCUACCGUUGUGAGAAGGAUGGACUGAGUAAAGGAGCUUGGACUGCUCUUGAAGACCAGAUUCUCAUAGAUUACGUCAAAGACCACGGUGAAGGGAGAUGGGGGAAACUGUCAAGGGAAACAGGCGAGCCGGCUUUGACUUUACGCACAAGUUUCUUAAUUUCAAUGCAUCAAUGAUUAUGAAAUGACAUAACAUUGUUCAAUGAGAAAUAUAUUAUUGGAUGCAGGUCUCAAAAGAUGCGGGAAGAGUUGUAGACUUCGCUGGUUGAAUUACCUGAGGCCUGAGAUCAAGAGAGGGAACAUUACAGAAGACGAAGAAGACCUCAUCAUCAGGCUCCACAAACUCUUAGGCAACAGGUACUGGCCUCUGUCACUUCAAUUACUAUCUGUUGCUUGCUACUAGCAUUGCAACUGUUAAGGUUUUUCUCUUCCUAUGCUGCUUCGUUUAAUAACUAGUACUAAUAGGUAUGAUUUUUUUUUCUUUCCUUUUUUGGAUACCUGUAGAUGGACAUUGAUAGCUGGAAGGCUUCCAGGCCGAACAGACAAUGAGAUCAAGAACUACUGGAACUCUGUGUUAAGGAAAAGGGCACAAGAAAGCCACUCAGAAAGGUCUAGAAAUGAGUGGAAAACGACCGUGGACACCGAAAAGGCUGUCCCAUCGUUAAAAAUGGACUCACACUUGAUCCAAAAUGGACUCACACCAACAAGCUGGAUCAAUAAUAAACAGCUUGGCACUACCAAUACAUUAGCAGAACCGCUUAUCUCUGGAGUUGAAGCAACGAAUAUGGAAGCAAAAUCAGAUUCCAGCUAUGGAUUCUUACCAAUCACACGAGAGAAUGAUAUGACGAGGAACUUCAUAAGGGAUCUUAAUGCAGGCGAACUUGGCAUAUCUGAAUUUCUACAUACUGACUUCUCCAAACUUUGUGAAUUGAAUACCACGAUUUUUGAUUGCACAAGUGGGUGCAGAAACGGUUCAUUAAUGUCAACCUCAACUGCUGAAGCUCCUUUGUACUUGCAGGAGUGGUUAAAUGAUUGGGCAGCAGAUGACAAUUGUCUUCCCGAAGCAGCAUUGGGUCCUUGAUUCUUCUAUUACUGUGCAUGUCAAUACCAAUUCAAAUGGCCAAGUAGAUUUUCUAAUCAUACAUCCUCCAUCCAAUGUUUUCCAAGUAUUUGCUAAGCUCUCUUGGUUUUGUUAGAAUCCAAUCCAACUACACAACCUUUUCUGGGAGAUAUCUUAAAGGAUAUGUCUUUUAGAUUUUACCUCAAAUGGAAAACGUGUCUUGAGCAUUUACCAUUACCGAUUUUGGUAAAACAAGAGGUCAUUGAGGUUGCUCGGAAUUUCUAUUGCACGUGCACCUAUGACCUAACCGAAGUGAAAAUGACAGGUCAUUUUGUGAUACAAUGAUGUCCGGAGCUGGAAUCCGGUUGCAGUUGUUACAUGUGAGUGGGUGGAAGCUGGGUUGAGCAACAUACAUAUGAAUAUGAGUUACUAAUUUGAUGAGUUAGUAGACUUAGCCAACAGUUUCAUAUGGCAAAACAUCCUCCAAAAUUUAUCAAUAUGUUAUAUCCUAAAAAGAAGCAUUUAAUUUAACUUCAAACUCCAUCAGCAGCAGUAAAAAGUUAUAAACUGCUUAAGAA